AAUUUCCGCUGGUGUCAGAGAGCAAUGCAAAUGAUGGGUGUGGUUAUGUUAUGAUGUCAACACAAGGAAGACGAGGUGCAGGAACAGGUGUGCACACUUUGCACACAGCAGGUACAGAGUUCACUCACUCAUUCAGCAGCAGAUUGUUCCUCAUCUGAGCAUUUGGGAUUAAAUAAGGCCAAACGAUGGCUAACUUUGGAGGACAUGCCAUUCCCGGCUCCUUUUUCCUGUUGUUCGGUUUUUGGCUCCUCGUGAAACACAUUCUCCAACACAACUGGAGGACGACGCGACCCAAAGGACGGCAGGACACGCCGCCUUUCCUUAAGAAAAUGGACUACGUUGAAGGAGGAUUUCAAAUGUUUGCUUCAUUUGUGGGUAUUAUGGUUGAACAGUUUGUGGUGGACGGGCCUCACGCUCACCUCUACAGCACGGAGCACGACUCCUGGGUCAAACUGAUGAACUGGCAGCACAGCACCAUGUAUCUGUUCUUUGGGAUCCAUGGGAUGGCUCUGGUUUUCACAACUAAAUCCAAAGUGGUGCCAGUUUGUGUCGAUCGCUUCACUCUGUCUCUGGCUCUUUUUGUUGAAGGAUUUCUCUUCUAUUACCACCUGCACAAUCGUCCUCCUCUGGACGCACACGUGCACACUCUGCUGCUCGUGCCCGUGUUUGCUGGGUCUGCCAGUACCAUGCUGGAGUUUUUCAUCAGAGACAACGUUGUUCUGGAGCUGUUCAAGGCCGGCAUGUUCAUCCUGCAGGGCUCGUGGUUCUAUCAGAUUGGAUUUGUUCUGUACCCUCUGAACGGUAAUCUGUGGGACCUGGAACAACACGGAAACAUCAUGUUUGUCACCAUGUGCUUCUGCUGGCAUUUGGCUGUUGCUCUGCUUUUAGUCUCCGGCUCCUCGUCUCUGGUUUGUUUCACAGUGAAGAGAUUCCCGGGACGGUCUCGGGACGUCGAGAUCGGAAUGCGGACUACAUCCACAUCCAGCUGCCAAAAAGCUUUGCUUGAAGAUUCUGAAGAAGAGUGAUUUUAUUUUUUUUAUUUUCUGUAUUGAUGUUUUUUCUGUUUGAGACCAAGCUGCUGUUUGCACAAUGUAAUGUAUGUUUCUAAUGUGUGAAAACAAUAUAAAGUUCUGUUUGAAUCAUUAAACCAAACAUAGAUAA